GUCAAAUUUACCGACAAGAGCCGUUCCGAACGUGCCAUGUGGCGAACGCUGGACACAUGCAAUCCGUCAGCGCUCUCCCACACGAUGUGGCGAAUGGCCAUGUGUCCAACGUUGUAAGGCAUUCGCCACAUCGUGUGUCCUGCUGUCAUAUAAAUUUUGAAGAUUUGAAGGUUAAAGUUAUAAAGAUUUCUUAUUUCUUGAAACAGUUUUUUAAAGUGGGCAUUUUAAUUGAUUGAUUAGGUCGCAUUGUAUUCGAUCAUUGUUUUAUUAAAUAAACAGGAUAUCGUCAUAGCCAAUGCAAUCAUUUUAUCAACUAUCAUUUGUAUCGAUUCAAAAUAGUUAACCUCCAAAUAACUUUCUGUUGUAUAGUAGUUAUUUUUAGGUAUUUAUUUUUCAAAGAACAGAAUAAAAACUAUGGCUAAAGAGGAAGAAUACGACAAACUACCAGACAAAGAUGCAGCUAAAGAAUUUUACGCAAAAUAUGAGCCUAAGGAAGUUCUCGGAAGGGGAAUUUCAUCUACUGUUAGACGAUGUAUCGAAAAAGAAACAGGCAGGGAGUAUGCGGCAAAAAUUAUAGAUUUGAGUAGUGAAGGUGUAAAUGAUGGGUCAAUAUUAGAGGCUACCAAACAGGAAGUACAUAUUUUGAGGCAUGUUGCUGGACAUCCAUAUAUAAUUGAACUCCAAGAUGUAUUUGAAUCGCCCACCUUUAUUUUCCUGGUCUUUGAACUUUGUAAGCAUGGAGAAUUAUUUGACUAUCUUACCUCAGUGGUAACAUUGUCUGAGAAGAAGACAAGAUAUAUAAUGAGGCAAAUAUUUGAGGGUGUACAACAUGUACACUCAAGGGGAGUAGUACAUAGAGAUUUGAAGCCUGAAAAUAUACUUCUGGAUGACAGUUUGAAUGUGAAAAUUACAGAUUUUGGGUUUGCUAAAAUACUUAAUGAUCAUGAACUCUUGACAGAUCUGUGUGGUACACCUGGAUACUUAGCUCCAGAGACCUUGAAGUGCAAUAUGUUGGAUGAUGCACCAGGUUACUCAUUUGAAGUGGAUAUAUGGGCGUGUGGCGUCAUUAUGUAUACAUUGUUGGUUGGAUGUCCACCUUUUUGGCAUAGGAAACAAAUGGUUAUGCUAAGAAACAUAAUGGAAGGAAAUUAUACGUUCUCGUCGCCCGAAUGGAGUGAUAUUUCAGAGGAGCCAAAAGAUUUGAUCAGGAGACUUCUGGUAGUUGAUCCUAAAAAACGUAUCUCAAUUUCCGAAGCUUUAACUCAUCCUUUCUUCCAGACAGUGCCUCUAUGGGAUCAGGACAUUGCACCUUUGAAAUAUUCUCUUCGCAGGAACAGUAGAAAAUUCAGCCGUAUCUCACAGCUGGUUCUGAAACUCCAACACAAGAAAUUUGACGCCAAGCGUAAGUUUAAAUGGGCAAUUCUAGUAGUAAGAGCUAUGGUGAGGUUGCAAAGGAUGAGGUUCACACCAGAACCAUUGAGUCUAGCCACAGCGAGAACUGAUCCCUAUAGGUUGAAGCUGUUGAGAAAAAUUGUGGAUGGUUGCGCCUUCCGAGUAUAUGGCCACUGGGUGAAGAAAGGUGAAGGUCAGAACAGAGCUGCCCUAUUUGAAAACAAUCAGAAAACAGAGCUGAAACAUAUAUACGUGACGAAUCUUAGCAGAUAAUGUUAGCAAUUUUAGUUCUUGUACAAUUUAUUAGCACAAUCACCUGUAUCGUGUUUAGUUCCUUUUUGUUGUCUUUUUGACAUGUUUUUUUUUGCGAAUGCAGGGCUGUACAAAAAAAUGAUUAUUUAUUGUGUAUUAUACUCAAGUUUAAUUUAACCUAACAAUAAAUAAAGUCAAACUGUUGAGAUGCGCUUACAUAUUAAAUCGAUAGUUCGGGAUCCAGAGUUCUUCUGUAGUAUAUUUCCAACCAUCCAAGUCUAAAAUAUUGUAAAAUGGAUCAUUUCUAAUGGGGUGAUUUAGCAUAAAAGGAUAAAUUCUCAACCCUAUGCUGUAUUUGAACACGCACCUACAAUUUCCAUCUUCAUUGCCAUAGGCAUCCUACUUGGUAGUGAUUCUCGUGGAAGUAAUGAACACAGUCCAUUUUUCUUUUGAAGAAGAUUGUUUAUUCUUAAACAUAAAAUCAACCUUCCAAGGAAGAAUCACCCUUCAACGUACCUCGUAAUUAUUCCUAAGAUUCUGUAUUUUCAGAAUUUCUCAACGACGGAAAAGGAAAUCCUGCGACAACGGUCCAAGAGGUGGUAACGCUGCUGUUUAAAGACAGUGAUCGACAUGUAUUUAGCUUUGAGCAUGAAUGACCGGCGGCGAAAAGUGGUCUAAAUUUCUUGAAAACUGGUCAAAACAGCUUGCCCUAGUCUCGCCCAAAACCUGUUUCCGGAAGUUUUUGAGGACAAUGAUCCGCAGGGGUAUUAUCUAAAAAACGUAAAAAUACGACGAAAUGUCAUCUUGCAGGCAAUGUAGUUUUUAGUGAGCAAAUAGUUCAUUCCACGUUUGCUCGCUAUGAUCGCUGACGUUUAAGCAACACGUACAGCUACAAAACGAGUUCACAACAAGUGCACAACAGCUUGUACUAGGUUAUCAUCUUGUAGAAAAACCGACGAAAUGUCAAUUUUCAACAUAUGUAAUACCCGCGCCGUUCUUGCUAUCACUAGAGUUAUGUUUUUCAUAUAAAACAAAUAUAAGAUAUAAAUAAUUUGUACGUUCCUAUUCAUAGUUGAAUAAACGCC